AUGUCAUUGGAAUUGCAAAAAGGAAUCGUCUACAAGUCAUUACCUUCAGGCCUCUGCAUGCGAGAAAGCCUCCGACUAAGCAAGACUGGUCCUUACAAAAAUAGAAAAGAGGCCAUCAGCGCCAACUUGGGACUCUUUCCUGAGGGCGUGGUGUGGAAUGUUAUGCCAAAACGGUUGCAAAAUACUGACGAAAUCUCCCAUUUUGUCGCAACUGUGGACGGUUUUACUCUUAUGAAUACGGUGUUCCAGGGGCCUCAUCUGAUAACCCUCUUUGCAAAACUGGUAGGACUCUCUUGUUUUUAG